AUGUCGGGUGGCGCAGAACCGGCCCUGGCGCUGAAGUACGUGGGGCUGGACGACACCAACAGUGAGGAGGAGCUACCGCCUGGCUGGGAGGAAAGAACCACUAAAGACGGCUGGGUCUAUUAUGCCAAUCAUCUGGAAGAGAGAACUCAGUGGGAUCAUCCUAAAUCUGGGAAACAAAAACGAGUUGCAGGAGAUUUGUCAUAUGGGUGGGAGCAAGAAACUGAUGAAAAUGGACAAGUCUACUUUGUUGACCACAUAAACAAAAGGACAACAUAUCUUGACUCAAGACUGGCAUUUACAGUGGAAGAUAAUCCAAUGAAACCAAAUGCCAAGCAGAAGUAUGAUGGAAACACCACUGCAAUGGAAAUACUUCAGGGCCGUGAUAUGAGUGGAAAAGUGGUCAUAAUCACUGGAGCAAAUUCAGGAAUAGACUUUGAAACUGCAAAGUCUUUUGCACUCCAUGGUGUGCAUGUCAUCCUUGCCUGCCGAAAUGUGUUAAGAGCUAAUCAGGCCAUCCGGUGCAUCCUGAAAGAAUGA